UGCAGAUGUUGGGGCAUUGACGAUGGAUCCGUGGCCCCGCUAUUUGAGGUGCUCGUCCACUCCACCUUCGGGUCUGCGUUUGAUGGUCCUCAUCAGGGAUGUGUAAAACUCUCCUCGCCUACCUACCAUUACGCCAGUCUGUUUAUCAUCAUCUGAAGUUUGAAUUCCCCUCAGUGCUUGUGCCGCGCCCAUGCAUGCCGACGACAAGGUUGCUUUCAUCAAGUACCAGAGGAAAAGUCACGUGGGGACAUCUCCUUGCAGGGGCAGGGAAAGGGCCUGGGCCUGGGGGCGUUCUUGGUUAUUUAGUCGAAAAACUGCGGCGUCGUAAAAAGCGUCGGCCGUCCUGCGCCGCGUUAGCCUUGCAUAACUCACCGACAGCGUAUUGAGAUUGAGUGUGCGGUGUGUAUGUACCUGGUUCCUGGCACGUGCAGAGGUGAGGGGGCAUGGGCUAGAGUUGGCCCGGAAACAUGGCAAAUACCGGGUUACGGAAACAAA